UCCAUCUUUAACUAAUCACAAUGGCACCAAGUUUCGAUUGCUGCAUCAAAGCCAACUACCACACCGGUAAACCCGUUGGUCAUGAGACUAAAUUUGCAGGUUUAGACACUUACAUCACAGGCUCAGAAUCGGCCGACAAAGCAAUCUUGAUCAUUCCUGAUGUAUUCGGUAUUACAUUGGUAAAUACUCGUUUAUUGGCUGAUAAAUACGCUGAAUCCGUUGGAGCAAGAGUUUACGUUCCUGAUUUCUUUGAUGGUCAAGAUUUACAAAAACAAUCAGAAACAACUCCAAACUUUGAUAGAAGCAAAGCCGUUCCUGAAUUAAUCAAAAAUUUCCCACCAAGAAACUAUGAACGUUUCCCACCCGUGGUAGAUGAAAUCCGUAAAGCACAACCAAGCGCAAAAAAGAUUGGUUCGAUCGGAUUUUGUUGGGGUGCAGGAGGAUCUGUCAAACUUGGUUCAAAAGAAGCAGGUUCUUCACAAGUUGACGCAGUCGCUUUCGCUCAUCCAAGUUUGAUCGAAUCCACCGAUUUCCAAAAUUUGGAAAAGCCAGGAUUGUUUAUGUGCUGUCAACAUGAUCCAAUGUUCCCUAAGGAUAAACAAGAAGCUUCCAAGUUAGAAUGGGAGAAAUUAGCCGAGAAAGGUGUUUUCAUUCGUCAAAGCUAUUAUCCCUUCGUUUCACAUGGAUGGGCUAUCAAAGGUGAUGAAACCAACCCUUACUCUGCCAAAGCUAUG